AUGACAUCAUUACAGAAUGAACAACAACAACAACAACAACAACAAGAAGAUAUUCGCAUUGGUGAUAGAUUACUGUCAGACGAUGGAUACUUUGGCACAGUCAUGUAUAUAGGUGAUGUAGAUGGUUUCCAAGGCCAAUGGUAUGGUGUUUGUUGGGAUAGCGCAACCCGUGGCAAACACAAGGGUACCAUCAAACAGCGUGCCUACUUUGAGUGUGCCUACGAUGGCAGUGGCUCAUUCAUGAAGCUUGACAAGCUGAUCAGAGGAAGAACUCUACUCGAUGCUAUCGUCACCAAGUUUUCAGAUCAUGUUGAUCACAGUGGACUUGGAAAUAUCGACAGGAACACACCAAUUGAAAUGAUAGGAAUGGAGAAGGUCAGAGAGCAACAGAAGACAAUCUCAAAGCAGACGGUGAUCGUUGCCAACAACCUGACAAUCAGUUCAAUUGAUCCACCAUCAGCCAUUGCAAUGUAUCUUGGUGAGAACCUAUUGGAACUCAACCUUUCUCAGAAUCUCAUCUCAAGAUGGAGUGAUGUUGGCAAUCUUGUGACCCAGACCUCUAAACUGGAACGUUUGACACUCUCUGAGAAUAGACUGUUGGAUGAUUUGAAUCCAAGUAAGCUGAUACAGUCAAGUAGUAGCAGUGGUGUAAAGGCACUAUUCCUCAAUCAUACAAAGACUGGAUGGGACACUGCCUGCAGGAUGGUGCACAUACUGUUCCCUCAUCUUGAAGUGCUUGGACUACAUGGCAACUCCAUCAGUACUCUCCAUCUUCAAGCGCCAAACACUGUCACUGAAGUAUUCAAACAUCUCAAAAGUCUUGACCUGAGCAACAACUCAAUCAACCAGUUUACAACAUUGUUGGAAGGUGUUGCAUUGAUUGAUAGUCUACAAGAACUCAAUCUAAGUAAGAACCUACUGGACAACAUCACAUUCCCAACGACAUCACUGGUGGCCUAUGACGAACUGAUCCAAGGUGGCAAACAAACAUUGUUGUUCAGUGGAUUGAGCACACUCUUUCUCUCAAACAAUCUAAUAGCAGACACCAGCAGCAUUGAUUCUCUGGAUCAACUGCCCAGUCUUACAGAGUUGUCAUUGCGAGAUAAUCCAAUCAUUGAUUAUUUCCAUAGUCAAUCCACAACAGCAUCAACAUCAUCUGCCACCACUUCCAGUGUUGCACUUCCAAGCUCAAGCAAUGACAGCAGGCUUCAAAAUGAGAAGUUAAUGCUCAAUAGAAUGAACAUUAUUCCAAGGAUAUCAAGGCUACACGUAUUAAAUCUAACCAAUAUAACAACAUUAGAGAGGAGUGACUCUGAAAGAUAUUUAUUACACUCGUAUUUCAAACAUCAUCAACAAUUAGAUAACAAUAGCAACAACAAUGACAACGAUUUCCAUCCAACCAAAAUGGAAUACCUCAAGAGAUUGCAUGGUGAGACAUUACAGAAUAUAUAA